UCACAACAGCACCGCUUAAGAUGAGAAUUUAUUUAUAUUUUCUAAUAUGUCUUUUUUCUCAAACGAAGGCAAUAAAUAAAAAUAACGAGGAUAUUAUCAAUUUCUUAAACGCACAGAAGGAAGAAGUACGAGACAGAUUUAACGAAAAACUUGGCUAUACAAAGAAUUCCGGAAUCGGCCUGAUUGAGCAAAAUAUAUUGGGGGUGUACAGGCACACAAAUAACUCAACACACGUGGAUAUUUUCUCGAUGUUUAAUACUACUUUUGUUGUCAUUAAUGAUGAAAUAUUUAAAAUCGAUUUGAAUAACAUUUUAAAUUUACAAUAUUUUUCCACACUAGUUGGGUACAACUAUGAAGAUAAAAUGUUUUUUAAAACGAAACAAUUUCGCGAAUUCGGCUUCAUUGCGAUAGGUCUGAAGAGCGGUACGACUCAAAUUUACAAAUCGUCCAAUACGUCGAACUUCCAAGCCUUCCAAACCAUCAGAACGCCAAAUACGCAAGAUGCCGUUUUCUUUGUUAACGAGAAUAAUUUAUAUUUAUCUUUAGUGGGGAAUAACGGGCCCCAUCUAGCGUCUUCAUCCAUAUAUAAAUGGUUGGAUACGUAUUUUGAUGAAGUCCAUGCAGCAUAUACCACCGAGGCUAUAAAAAUUUUGUCUUUUCCAUAUCACAGAUCGGAAAUAAUGAUAAUAUUGAGGAAUAAUCCCGGACACGAGUCCGUUUCACCAGUCUAUGAAUUUAGAAGCGAUAGACUGAAGACAAUCCAGAUGCUGACAGUAAAGAAUCCACUCAACAUGGACGUAUUUGUUGAAAAUCGACAUUACCUUGUGAUUUAUUCGAAAUCGACUGGUACUUUAUAUGUCUGGAACGGAUUUGCGUUGGAACUAAUAAACACGUUCGAUGUUGAAAACGGUGUGAAUAAAUCCUUAGUGGUUUACUGUAACACAACAGCUUUAAUAGUUCAGCCGAAGUUGGAAAAGGUUUUGUUGUACGAACUACGUCCAGGAACGUUGGAAAUGGUGGACAGCAAACCGUACCGAAACAACUAUUCUCGUAUUUUGGACAUUAACAAUGGAGGAAAUGAAAGCGGCAAUAUAACUUUUAUAGUCGCUUUAAGCGAGGAUAACACUAUAAACAUCAAUGCGAUGUCUUUUAAAGUUCACCACGAAAUGGAGAAACAAGACGACACGCUCAGAAAAUGCUUCCAUAAUUUAGAAGAGCAAAUUUAUAACCAGAGAAGCAAACUGAAUCAAAUUAAAACGUUCAAGGCCAAAGGCGAAAAUAACCUCGCCAAACGCUCGAUUUCCGGAAACUUUGAUGAAGUCUUGCAAAAUGAAACUCAAAUUAAAAUAAAAUUAAAAACGACGAAAAACAGAAUAGAGACGCUCAAGAAGUACGUCGAAAGCCAAGGAGAAUUUCUCAUUGUCAACGACAAAGUCACGGUUAAUACGCCCCUAAUUGCCAAGACGAUAAAGGCGAAGCAAUUGUCAAUUGGGAGCUUAAACGGCAAUAACUGGACACCCGAUGAGUGGCUAAGAUACAACAAAAGCCAGACUGUAAAGGGACCUGUAACUGCGGCAAAAAUUAUUACCAAAGAUUUAGCCACAAAUCUUCCACUUUUUAAUGAUUUAUUGACUAACAGCCGCAUCAAGUUAAAUGGUAAAGUAAAUGUAAAAAGAAUAUCUACCGAGGGGAUUUAUGCUAGCAGGAUUAAUGAUAUAUCCGUACAGGACAUUUACCUUCGAAGCAGCACUAAGCCAGCUAAGGGAGUGAAGAAACUAAAAACGGUUUAUGUUAAGCUAGCAAAAAUAGAAACGAUCAACGAAAUAUCAGUAAAAGAUAUUCUCGAAUUAUUCAGCCAAGAACCUACCUCAAAAUCACUCAAUUUCGACCAAGAAGUUAUCAUUAAAGAUUUACGUGUCAGGUCUAUCGAUAAUAUUAACUGGAACGAUUUUCAAAAUUCCGUUUUUAAAAUUGGAGAAGACGAUGCAGUUGAAGGAAAUUUAACAUUUACCGAAAUAAAGGCAAUAUCGGCAGAUGUUGGGCUUGUUAACGGAGUAAAACCGGCUGUUCUGCUUACAAAAACCACCGAACAAAUAGUAAAUUCUAGCAUUGAAUUCAACUACAUUUCAGCCACUCGGAUAGAAGCAGAAACUGUAAAUGAAGUUUCGCUUAAGAAAUCCGCAGCACUGAUCGGAGGAAACGACGUUAUUAAAGGCCCUGUGACCAUCGAUAAAGUCUUCGUUGAAAAGGACUUGGAGCUUGUUGGACCUAUCGACAAAUCGUUGUUCCUAAGAGACGGAGACCGUCUUAUUGGAACAAACGAAUCGGACUUCCUGCAGGUUUAUAAAGGAAAAAUCAAAGUUAAAGGGAACCUUCACGUGACUGAUUUAGACGUUGUCAAUAACGCCACGUUUUUAGUGGAUAAUAAAACGUUCUCACCUGAAGAUUUAAAUCAAUUCUGGACGAAAAGCACCCAUCAAACUAUUCCAGUUCACUUUGAAGCAACGCAAGGUAUGAAAGUAUCCCAUUUGGAAACGAUACGGCUUAACGACAUACCUAUGAGUAAUUUUGCUUUAAACAGAGAAGAGACGGGCUUAAAAGGACGCUUGUAUUUUGAAAACACAAUCGUGAAAGGCAACAUAACAACUAACAAAUCUGAUAAUAAUAUUCCCAAUUUAAUUCAGCUCGAUAGAGAAACAGUUAAAAACAAAGGAUCGUUUGUUUUGAAAGGAAAAAAAACUUUCCUUAAGAAGCUCAAAGUGCGUAAUUUCGUAACUAAUGAGUUGAAUGGAAUUAAAGACAACGAAGCUUCGACUACAAAAAAUCCCUUAAACAUCACGGAUAAAUAUGUUUUUAAAACUCUGGUAAUUAAAGGGAACUUGGUGUCUAAAUUGGAAAGUCCUAUCAUAAACGAUAUCGUUAUUGAGGAAAUGCAGAAGAAAAUCGUGUGGACUAAUUCUCCGCAAAAUAUCAGCAAUCUGGACUUUAAAAACCUAACCGUGAAAAAUCUCUACGUCGAAAACAUUAACGGAUACAAUGUGGAAGAAUACGUGAAUAAUUUAAAAGAUAUAUUGUCGUUCAAGGAACGUCUAAGUUUCAAUAUUAAAGGAAAUGUCACAAUCGUUAACGCAACCAACGUUUCGACCAUUAACGGACACUAUGUUGAUGCGUUAAUUGCAAAGAACUCCAAUGAAAUUGUAAGGAACGUGACGUUUCUAAAAAAUGUAAAAAUUCGCGAUUUAAAGGUUUCGAAUAUAAACGAUGUCAAUUUCGCCAUACUUACGAGAAGGUUGCUCUACAAAAGAACGAAUCAAACUGUGACCGCUAAAUACACUUUCGAAAAUUUAAAAACGGACAACCUUUUUGUGUCCCAUAUCAAUGACAUUAACGUGAAAAACCUCAUCAAUACCGAAUCGGAAACGAAGCAAGAAAUUUUUGCUCCCAAUGGAAUCUUCGUUAAAAACGCGACAUUUUUGAAGUCACUAAGAGGGAAAAAAGUGAGACCUUGUGACCCGAAUGACAUUGUACGAAAUUUUAAGUACCCAGAGUCGCGAGAAUGGGAACUAAUUAAAGUUAAUGGAAACGUAGAGCUGAUAGAUGAAAACUGCAAACUGUAUAAGAUUUUGAAAAACGCUGUUAGAAAAGGAAGCAAAAAUGUGAUAACGGCACCAGUUUGUAUUAGCGGGAAUGUACUAGCUAAUCAAGUCCAUAGUAUUGGUGCAAUCAAUGGAGUAGAUUUGAGAACAAUUGCAGAUGACGCCGUACUAAAAGACUUAGAUGAAAGACAGGUAAUAAAAGGGCACAAGAUUUUUACCCAGAUGGAGGCCCUUCGGCGGGCGGCAAUUUUAGGAAAUGCCGACAUUCCAAUUGUUCAAGGUGUCAGAGUUUCCGAGCUUUAUAACUUUAUCAUCCACCGAAACGAUGUUAACCAAAAAAAUAUAAGUGGAAAAAAGACAUUUUUUGCAGGGUUGGAAACUAAACGAUUUAAUAGCAAAACUGUAGCAGGUAUUUUGCCAGAACAAAUCGUGGAUUUAGGUCAACUUAAAACAAUACCCUCGGCGUUAUUUGAUUCUUUAAAAGUCAGUGAGAACUUCGACGUCAAUUACGUAAACAAGAUUGACUUCCAUCAUGUGCUGAACAACAGACUUCUUGUAGAUGCGCCUCAUAAGCAAAUUACAAACGCUGUUUGUUAUUUUGAUAAUUUAGAAGUAAAGGAAAAUUUAAUAGCCGCGUCCAUAAACGACAUCGAUAUGGAAAAUGUGGUUUACGAUAUAGGAAAGCAGACCAUUAUGGCAUCCAAAUAUUUCCUCGAAAACAUCACCGUCUUGGGCGAUGCUUGGGUUGAUACACUGAACGGUGUAAAUAUCUCGGAAACUUAUGCCGACGCAGUUUUGCGUGGUCAGAAAAAUACCAUCAACGGAUCAUUGAGUAUAUCAAAACCAUCGAUAAUAGAGAAUAACAUCACAACAGAAGCGUUAAAUGGAUAUUCUAUGAAGAAAAUUAUAGAAAUGGUUUACCCAAAUUCUUCCGAGAGCGAUGAAGAAAAUAUCAUUUAUAACAUCCAAACUAAAGUGAAAGAUAUCAUAUUCAAGCAUACACCGGAAAUGCAGUACAUGUAUAAUGAAUUAAUGUACAUCGAAAGGACCAACGACAUUCAAGUUUCAAUUCCCAACGCAAUAGAUGCACGUAUUACCCAAAUUAAAGACUACGUACUGAUUCACAUACUGAGCGAAGAAUCCCAAGAAGAAUGCAAUCUUCCUAUAGAUUGCCAAUGUACGGUACAACACAUCGUGGAAAUAACCCCAAAUAAAACCCUAAAAUAUUUCUUGAACAAAGAUCGACAAAGAAUUUAUAGUUACGACGAAGAUAAUAUGACAAUACACCUUAUUACUAAUAGUACCAGUACAGACAGUCAUUGCAAGAUCAGUCAGGCUGAGGGUGUUAAAGAAGUGUCGACAAUUAGCUGGAGUACGUCACCAAAUAGAGGUGAAAGUAGAACUUUCAUUUCAUAUCCGUUAAUAGAUGUGCCUGGAUAUAUCAGUGGCGUCGAAUUUUUCACAUUAAACGGAAAAACUUACUCUGUGAUAUCCCAAUACUAUGACCCGAUUAGUGAUACGCAUGAGUUAGAUUGCGUUGUCUUGUGUUUCGAAAUAGGAAAACAAACCGCUAGUGAAAUUCAAAAAAUUCCCACCAGAGGUGCGUGGACGUUGUAUCUUAUGCACACUGCACAGGGCGUUACACUGAUUAUAGGCAAUAGAGGCGGCGAUCAAAACACAGAAAUAUAUAGGUUCGACGAACACGAAGAAAGGUUUAUGCUUUUAAGAACCGUGGGUUAUGCCUGUUCGAAAGCGGUCGGUGUGGUUUUGGGAACUGACAGCUUCAUCAUUUUAGCAAACGAAGACGCACCGCUACAAGUACUCAAAUAUAACCAAAAUUAUCAAAAUUACGUAAAUUAUCAAAUCAUCGCCGCGGACGCCACUGUUUUCGGACUUUCGGCCUUCUACGUUGGAGGUUUUGGAAUAAGCGAUGCGUAUUUGUGUAUUGUCACAGAAGAGAAUUAUCGAAUAUUCAAUUUUCAAUUCAUAGACGGCUGGAGAUUAGAAUCCCAAGGAACAAUCACUGGUUUACGAGGUUUGGUAUCAUUUCAAAUGAACAAUCAGCAAUAUCUGUUUGCGUCUUCAAAGGAAAAAAGUUUUCUGUUAACUGUUGUAAAACAUGGCACUGAGCAAUGACCCUAAUUUCCGUUAGGAAUUGUUUUGUGUUAGUUACACUUUUCUAGGUAUCGUGUGUGUG